GAAUAGUAAAUUCGUGAUGUCUGUAGUUUUGCAUCACCUAAACAUAUGUCGUAUCUGCCUUUCCGAAAGAAACCUCAGAAAUAUCCUAAUGUUUGGAACUACAACUAUAAAGUGGAUAGAGGACAUAAAAGCGUACUAUAAGAUCGAAUUAUCAUCCCAUGAUAAUAAAUCUACAAAACUAUGUAUCGAUUGCAUGAAUAAAGUUGAAAAAUGGCGCAAAAUUGUGGAUAAAGCAGUCAGCAAUCAAACAAUCGUAGAGUUUUUUGCUGAAAAGUUACAAGAAGAGAUGAAACGCAACAAAGAUGGAAUUUGAAAUAAUCAAUCCUCAA